CCUCUCCUUCCCUAAACCAAAAAUCACAGAGUUCCUCUCAGAUCUCCAGAUCCAAUCCUUCGCCGACCUCCGAAGCUCGAACAACAAUGGCGGCAACCACCCCCUCCCCCCGCGAAGAGAACGGCUACAUGGCCAAACUCGCCGAGCAACCCGAGCGCUACGAGGAGAUGGUCGAGUUCGUCGAGAAGGUCUCCGCCUCCGCCGAGAAAGAGGAGCUCACCGUCGAGGAGCGCAACCUCCUCUCCGUCGCCUACAAGAACGUCAUCGGCGCCCGCCGUGCCUCCUGGCGCAUCAUCUUCUCCAUCGAGCAGAAGGAGAAGAGCCGCGACAACGAUGACCACGCCGCCUUGAUCCGUGACUACCGAUCUAAGAUCGAGACCGAGCUCUCCAACAUCUGCGACGACAUUCUCAAGCUCCUUGACUCCAGCCCCAUCAGCCGCAUCAGU